AUGCCAGCAUCUCCAAGCGCCAACAGGUCAAGGCGCCAACAUGCCAACACGCCAUGGCGGAAUCACAAAAUGGCCUCUUCAUCCUAUGCUUUGGGGACAAAGAUUGUUGGGAUUAUCUCGUAUCUGGACCACAAGGAGUGCCAGAUGCUGCGUUCUCAGCGUCUAGUACCCACCACUUCAAUGUACAGCAUCACAAUCCAGCAUGUGGUCGCCUAUACAACAACGCCGAAACGACGUCGAGCGGAUGUCCGAUCCCUCAUUUCUCAGCCUGGUGUAGCGAACCGAAUGACUCAAAUCCGCAUGUCCAGUACGAACGGUGAGGACUGGGAUUACGUGGAGUCAGAUGGCGUUACACAGACAUUCAUCGGUCCAAUGGACGGUGUGGAGAACGCAUUGAAAUUCGGUAACAUUACUCCAUCUGUCGUGGCACGGUUCGUCCGUAUCCGACCCCUUACCUGGGAUAGUGGUCCACCUACACCACCCUGUACACUUGUGUUAAGAUUAGACUAUAUAGAUGUCUAUAGCUUUUAUUUGUUUGCAUGCAUCUUCGUGACAGUGCCGAAUAUCAGAAGAAGACGGUUCGCUUACCUCCCCUUACCAGUAGGACACAUCAGUGACAAUGACGUGAUCACGGAAGAGCAUGCCGAAGAUCUUCGGGAAUGUAGCAUCCGGUGUCAUCGUGACGUCACGUGUCGCUCGUUCUCAUACAGCGACACCUACAGGCAGUGUAAGGCUUACAACGUCAACAAGUACACUCAGGAGUCAGGAGUGAACGAGAAGAUUUCAGACAAAUACUAUCUCUACUACUUUGACAUGAGUGCAGUGGAUCUGUACAUGGUAACUGACCCGCCAACCAGAGUCGUUUACAAGGUAAUCACCCGGAUGUACAACAAAUGGGAAGCCAUUGCAGCCUGUGCUGACUUCGAGAUGAGGCUUCUAGUAGUCAACUCUGUAGAUAAACUAGAACUCCUACAGCGGGUUAAGUCAUCUAGUCUGGUCCUCGAACAGGAAGCGCUGAGGGUCGGAGGAGGAAGGUAUAUGGUGGACGAAGUUAAGGCCUGGUGGGACGAUGGAGACCCCCCGCAGCUUCUAAAUCAAGACCUGGUGGCAUGGAACACUACAAUUGAUUCUCAGCAUGGACGUUGUCUUUCCUUCAAUAAAAAACAAAUUCGAAGAAAUGCCUGCAAAACAAAAUCGUUCGCGAUCUGUGAAUUGUAAUGCAGAAAUUAUUUUCAAACUUUUGACUUUUGUUGUUUGUUUAUUCUUUUUAUCUAUUUAUUCAAUUUUAUUCAUAAUUUUUAUUUGUUGGUUUAUUAUAUUAAUCAAAUAAAUCCACUGUAGCAUAUGGACAUAUCAUACCAUUGAACUGUACCGAAAAACAGAGGCCGAACGAGUUUCUAUUUCCUGAUAAAACACGUGAGAUACCACAUGUGGUGCCCGGAGAUAUAUUGAUGAUACAUGUACCUUAUGUUUUGAGGUAGUACGUAAUUAUGAAAUGACAUGUGAUGGCGGGAUAUAUCAUAAUGCUACCAUAUGUGGUGACGGGACAGCAAGGUUGUGUCACGUGUAGUGACGCAAUACAUCAUGAUAGUACCACAUGUGGCGACGGGACAAGAUGGUGGUGUCUCGUGUAGUGACGUAAUACAUCAUGGUGGUACCACAUGUGGCGACGGGACAGCAUGGUGGUGUCUGGUGUAGUGACGUAAUACAUCAUGAUGGUGCCACAUGUGACGAAAUAAAUCAUGAUGGUACCACAUGUGGUGACGGGAUACAAUAUACCGUAUCAUGUGUGAUGAAGGGAACACUUACCCGUCCGCCAACUAACUCCUUCCGAAGGCUGAUUAUGUCUUUAAUUUUUGGUUUCAUCAGUCUUUUAGUUAUAAAAUCUUGUUCUGUUAUCGUCCCCCGCUAGUCAUUGAUAUCUAUGUUAUUAAACGAUAAAAUUAAAU